AACCCUCCCUACUCCCCCACUACUCUCCCACCGGCCGCCAUGUCUUAGUUCCACACUCUCAAACCAAAAACCAUAUGGAUCCCCAUAGCUUCAUAGCACGAGCUGAAGCUCAAAGAUGGAUCGGCAUAGCCGAAAAGCUACUCAUCAGCCACGACUUAGUCGGAUCCAAAACCUUCGCCAUCCGUGCCCGUGAAUCCGACCCGCGACUCGAAGCCGCCGACCAAAUCUUAGCCAUCGCCGAUACACUACUCGCCGCCGAAAAACGCGUCGUCGGUAGUAACGGUAAUCAACAACCUGAUUACUACGCUAUUCUUCAACUUGUUAGAUUUGUUCAAGAUACUGAUCAUAUUACUAGUCAAUAUAGACGGUUAGCCGUUGUUUUAAAUCCUCAUCAGAACCGGUUUCCGUAUUCCGAUCAAGCUUUUCAGCUUGUUAAUGAUGCUUGGGCCGUUUUGUCCAACCCUAUGCGGAAAUCGAUUUACGAUUCCGAACUCGAUUUUGCGCCGCAACAACAAAUCAGUAAUUUAGGGUUUAAUAUCGAACAACAGCAACAUCAGCAACAACAUCAGCAGCAUCAGCAGCAGCAGCAGCAUCAACAUAAUUUCUUUUCUAUACAUGAACAGGAAAUGGUGGAGUCUCCACAGCAGUUUGAAAAUCGGCCGCAACGAGGCGGCCAUCAACAGCAUAAUUUUUUGGCCCAGCCGAAUGCGGCUAGGCCACAACAACAGGAGCAAAUGUUUCAUCAUAGGGAGCAAGAACAGAUGUAUCAGUCUAACCCUGUGCAGCCGUUUCAAGUGACGUCACCUUCGCGUCAUCAGCAGAUUAAUAGGCCGUCUCCACAAGGGUCGCAGGUUACUCAAGUGAGUAUUCAAUCGCCUACUCAUUCGGUUGGACAUCACCGUGAACAAGAACAUGUGUUUAAGCAACAGGUGCAGCCGUUUCAAGUUACGAAUUUGCCGCAACAAGGGAGGUCGACUGGGCAGGCUGCGACGCCUAUACAGUCGCCUCCGCGGGCUGCGAGUGUGUCGUCGGGGUUUUCGUGGCCGCAAGCUGCUCCGCAAAUGUCGCAGGCGCAACUGCAGGCUCAAGAACAGCAAAAGCAGAUGCAGAUACAACAAGAGCAGCAGAAGCAGUUGCAGAUAAAGCAGGAACAGCAGAAGCAGUUGCAGAUGCAGCAGGAACAGCAGAAGCAGUUACAGUUGCAGCAAGAACAACAGAAGCUGCAAAUGGAACAGCAGAAGCUGCAGCAGGAACAAUUGCAGAGGGAACGCCAACAAGAGGAACAACGGCUGCAACGCCAACAAGAGGAACAACGGCUGCAACGACAGCAAGAGGAACAGCGGCUACAACGACAGCAAGAGGAACAGCGGCUACAACGACAACAAGAGGAACAGCGGUUGCUGCAGGAACAGCGGUUGCAGCAGGAACAACGGCAAAAAGAGGAACAACGACAACAAGAGGAACGAUUGCGACAAGAACAGUGGCAGCAACAACAACAUGAACAACAACAGCAGCAGCAACACCAAGAACCAGUAAUUCCGAAUGUCCCUCCUGUGCAGCUGCCUAAUGAGGUUAAUACAAACAACGGGUCAAGGCAGGAGGAAGCAGAACCUGAACAAGAACCAGAAGCGGAAGCAGAGGUAGAACCUGAGGAAAUUGAUGAGGAAGUGGAUGAUUCGCCUACAUUUUGGACUACGUGUCCAUUUUGUUUCUACAUGUAUGAAUAUCCGAAGGUCUAUGCCGACUGCACCCUUCGCUGUGAACAUUGUCAAAGGGCGUUUCAAGCUGUGAGUAUACCGUCUCCACCACCUAUAGCUGAAGGACAGGAGGCGUAUUUCUAUUCUUGGGGGUAUUUCCCUAUUGGGGUUUCGAUGUCACAUUUGCAGAAAAAUAGUAGCAAGGGUACAACCUCUAGGUGGACACCUUUUUCACCGCUGUUUGAUGCCUCAAGUAAUGUCCAGAACCAUUUAAAUGAGUGUGCGGCCCCGAAGGAAAAUACUUUUGUGAACAAAAGUUCGGGGCCGCGUAUCUACUUUGAUGAUUAUACUGAUGAUGUGUUCAUAGGAAUUUCCGAGUCUAGUGAUGAUUCUGAUAUUGAUUGGGCUAGUACGGAGAAAAGGAAAGUGAAAAGAGUGAAAAACGUUGAUUUUGAAUUAAGCUUUAAACAGAGAGUAAAAGUUCUUGGUCUCAGGGCUAUAGAUCCCAAAAAUGGGAGCUAUAAGAAUCUGAAAAAUGGUUUUCCAGUGAAAGACGGUAUGGGGGUGACUGCAGUGCUAGUGGCAGAAACUAUCAGGAAAACCGCAGUUAGUAAUCCAAGAAAGCAACCGGGCCAGGUUGCAAAAGAACUGGGGAAGUUGGAUUUGAAUGUAGAAUUUGAUAACAAUGAAGGGGAAGAGCCUGCUUCGAGAUUGAGUGCUGGGACCCGUGUACCUGGGGAUGGAGAGGAAGACAACAUUGAAGGUAUUGGGUUUUUUGAAGGACUUGAUGAGUUCCUUAAUAGCUUGCCGAUACUCUCUGCUGUGAAUGAAGAAAAGGUUGAGGCCGCUUAGUUCUGAUGUAAGUUUCCUUUCUUGUUGUAGCUCUAGUUUGUAGUAAGUUGUCUUUGUAUUUCAAAUAACGAAUGCUGUAGUGUAUUCUUUUGGGUAGUUUCUUUGUUCUUAUGGUUACAGUCUUUUGUGUUGUACAUCUGAUUGCAAAUUGUGUUUUAAGCUCUUUUUGUUCUAAUAGAGUUAGGAUUUCUACUA